AAUGACGUCAGAAUGAAAAUGGCGAAGACAAAAACAAUAAGUAAAGGGUGUCCAAAGUGUGAGCAACAGGUACCAGUGGCGUGCAAGGCGUGUCCCUGUGGUCACUCUUUCUUCAAUGCCCGUCGUAAUUCAAUGAAGAGUCCGCCAAGUCCUGACAGUGGAGUCAUGAAAACACGUAGAACAAAUAGAAUUAAACGACGAAUUAAUUACUACGAUGCUUUAGAGUUUGAUAAACAAACACGAAAAAGUGCGAAGAUUCGAAGAGCAGCAGAGGCUGGUUCAGACAACGAUUGCAGGCAGUUGAAUAAAAAAAGAAAGCGUAAGGGAAAGCCAAAGGGAAGACCAUCAGGGAGUGGCGGUUUAGGUGACGACGAGGAUGAGACUGAAGGUGUGAGUAAUUUAUCACCCGAGAAACAGCUCACGUGUUCCCUGAUCCUUCAGGAAUUAAAUAAGAAAAUGGGCACCGUUGCCUGGAAACCAAUGUGAUUAAUCAGGGGAAAUGACUCGAUAAUACUGUGAAGUGACCCUGAAACUCAUCAAUUUUAUAGUAACCACUGGGAGGUGCUCGUAGUGAUGGAGUUAAUCGUGUGCCAUGUCGAUAGCAAAAUGAAAAAAAAAUCGUGAUUAAGUGCAAUGUUUAUUCGAAUUGAAUGACAUUCGAUAAAAAAAAAAUAUUGAUCUCAAUAUUACUGUGAUUAUCCAAUCGUCAGCGGACAUUUGCUCCACGAUUUUCUUACUGACUAUUCACCGAUAAUUCAAUUGAUAAUUUUAUAAUUAUUCAGCUUGUCUGCGAUAAUAUUCCAAUUAAUUUCAUUCGUCAAUUAAUCUUUUCCUUCCACUUGAGGAUUAUUUGAGAAUUGGAGCAGUGAUGGAUAAUGAAAAUAGUCAUAACCGAUGUGAAUUGUCUUAUAUACGUUUAUUCUCGGAAUAAACCCUCGAAUUAUCACCACUCGAACAAAUUGCUGGAGGAUGAUGGAUUAGUAUUAAAUAAUAUUUAUCUCGUUUAAUUUCAAUGACAGAUGUUAAAAAAUAAUUCUACAAAAUACUGCAGUUUAUAUUCUGCACCACAGCGAGAUGGGCAUCAUCAAACAAAAAAUACUUGAUCAUUUAUUAAUAAAUCCAUUCGAUCAAUAGCCUAUAUAGUCAUUGAACUGAUUAAAUAAAAAUAUUGAUAAUCGAACCAAAGGACCUUAAAGUGUUAUGUAUCGCCUUCGACUUGGUCCAUUCAUUUGAAACAGAAUAUCCCUAAUUAAUUACACAUUAACAUACUUUCAUUCAUGUAUGGACAUAUUGUAACACGUCGAAGGGAUUAAAAUUGUUUAUGAAACCUCA